UCCCAUCGCCCUUUACACACCCUCACACACACAAUGGCCGCCUCAACGGGACGUCUACGAUUUCUCUGCGGUGCCUCGCCGAGGGUCAUCCCCCAGCCCAGAGUUCUAGUUCCUCACAGCAGCCGCACCUACGCGACUACCGAACCCUCCUCCGUAACCAACGGCGCCACAUCGCAGAAACCACGCACUAACUUCACGGACAAGCUCAACGCCGGGCCCUCGUUCUCAGAUUUCGUGUCCGGAGAUGGUGAAGAUGCACCCCUCGAUCCGUCCGAAGCGUACGCCCUCAAAACGGCCCUCGUCGGCCCAGCCGGCCGCAAGAAGGAGAUGACCCGCCUGCCCUCGUGGCUCAAGACCCCCAUCCCGGACUCCAAGAACUACCAGCGCCUGAAGAAAGACCUCCGCGGCCUCGGCCUCCACACCGUCUGCGAGGAGGCCCGCUGCCCCAAUAUCUCCGACUGCUGGGGCGGCGACGACAAGUCCGCCGCCACGGCUACCAUUAUGCUCAUGGGCGACACCUGCACCCGCGGAUGCCGCUUCUGCAGCGUUAAGACAUCGCGCCGCCCGCCGCCGCUCGACCCGCACGAGCCCGAGAACACAGCUGAAGCCAUCUCCCGCUGGGGUCUCGGCUACAUCGUGCUCACGAGCGUCGACCGCGACGACCUCGUCGACGGCGGCGCCCGCCACUUCGCAGAGACCGUCAUGAAGAUCAAGCAGAAGAAGCCCGGCAUGCUGGUCGAGUGUCUGACGGGCGAUUACAGCGGCGAUCUGGAUAUGGUCGCCCUCGUCGCCCGCUCGGGCCUAGACGUCUACGCUCACAACGUCGAGACCGUCGAGCCUCUCACCCCCUUCGUCCGCGACCGUCGCGCCACCUUCCAGCAGUCUGUGCGUGUCCUCGACGCCGCUAAGAAGGCCCGUCCCGACCUCAUCACGAAGACCUCGCUCAUGCUGGGCCUCGGCGAGACGGACGAGCAGCUCUGGGAUACCCUGCGCAAGCUGCGCGCUGUCGACGUCGACGUCGUCACCUUCGGCCAGUAUAUGCGCCCUACGAAGCGCCAUAUGGCUGUUCACGAGUACGUCACGCCUGAUCGGUUCGAGCAGUGGCGCCAGCGUGCCCUUGAUAUGGGCUUCCUUUACUGUGCGUCCGGUCCCUUGGUUCGCAGCAGCUAUAAGGCUGGUGAAUCUUUCAUUGAGAACGUCUUGAAGAAACGUCGGGCGGGUACGGCCGGCGCGGAAGACGCCGUGAGCGAGAAGACUAUUGUUGGCGAGGCGACUCGCUGAUUGAUACAUCUUUCUUGUUUUGUUUGUUUUUUUCUUUUUUUACUUCAUCUUCGGCGCGGGUUUCAACAGCAUCUUGGGUGGUUUCAUUUUUCAAUUUAUAUUUUGUCUUUUUAUUAUUAUCAUGUUGUUUGAGGUGUAUUGGUAGACGGAUGGGCUGCACAGCAGUGAAAAGCACCUUACCUCCUAUGCAGAUAGGCUGGUUUGUAUUUUUGAAAAGAUUAACAAGACAAGGCAAUUGCUUAACGCUCGGGUUGAGAAUGAUAUCAAAAUCAGGGAGAGCUUCAACACCCUACUACAC